CCUGUAUAUGACACUCAAUAUAUAAGACAGGGACCAGAAUCGAUCAAUGACAUAAUGUACUGAACCUACAAGCGGUUUUAUUCAUUCCUGCAUACAGCAAGAUCUCUAUUAUUCAUACGUUAAUAAGAAAUUGUAAAGGAUUUUCAGUAAACAGUUAACUAAAGAAGGAUUGCAGCUAUAUAUUCAAUAACAUGGAGUUUACAGGUUGACAUGACACCAUAUAUACACAAAUACACACUCAAGACAUACAUACUAGACAAUAUGAAGAAAAAGCUUGUCUUAGGAUUGAUUACUUGUUUUGUCUUCAUCUCCUGCUCAAUAGUAAUCAUCACAAACAGACCAGGAAGUACAAAAUUAAUACAUCAACCCUUGCAGAAAUCUCAAUAUGUUCCAUCAAAACAACAAGCGUUUGUAAGGGAUACAGAGAUACACAAACAAAAAGGAAAAUUGGAAUCUGAAACUGCAGAAACUGAAAAAGCUGACUCAGGAUUUCAACAAAUAAUCAGUAAAUUAAAAAAUGAAAUGUUUAGGAAUAGGGCAAUGCUGAAUGUAAUAGGAGCUUCAAAGGAUGUGACUUCAUCAAGUAUUACUAGUAAUAGACUGAAAGGUAUAAAUAAACCACAGUAUUAUCAAAGUGUUUCACCAAAUAACACAAUAUUAACCAACAGAACAAUAACUUUGAACACUAUAGGCUCAUCUCAUUUAAAACAAUAUGCAAUGGAUAACCAUAAAAAGGUUGGUGCGAUCCAGGAAUCAUAUGCCAUCAAAGACAAUAGUGAUGACAUCAACGCUCAUAAAAAGACAAGAGAAAUGGAGAUCCUUAUGUGGACGGAUUACUACAGUAGAGUUCUCCCUUACUCCGGCCAAUCACCAUUCAACAAAUGCCCGAUAAGCUCGUGUUCUAUACAUUUCAAUAAAUCAAAACAAGCAAUUAUCAAAAGCCAAGCAAUUAUUUUCCACAUGUGGGACAUUAAUUUCCAAUCCUCAUCCAAGAGACCUGAGAUAAGGUUUCCAUGGCAACAGUACAUCUUUCUCUCAACAGAAGCGCCAACUAGAGACUUUUUCCGGAAACAAAAUCUCAGUGCUCUAAAUGGAUUUUUUAAUAUGACUGCAACUUAUCGUUCUGAUUCUGACCUUCCUCUGCCAUAUGGCUAUUUCUAUUGGUUGAAGAAGAAAAAUAAUCCAAAGGAUUAUUUCAAGGGAAAAACAAAGUCGAUACUUUGGGUGGUAAGCCACUGUGGGACAGAAAGCAAGAGAGAGAAGUUCGUAAGAAUGUUAAAGACAUUUGUAAAUGUUGACACUUUUGGCAAAUGUGGAAAACCAAUGAAGGAGUCUUUUGAGGAUUACGGAAAGAACUACAAAUUCUACCUGGCUUUAGAGAACAGUGACUGUAAGGAUUAUAUCACCGAGAAAGUCUGGAAGAAUGCUUAUCAGAACAACAUGAUACCUAUAUUACGAGGCACAAAGGCAGACUACAAAGCAGUCCUACCUCCAGAUUCCUACAUUCACAUGGAUGAUUUCAAAUCUACAAAGGACCUUGCCGCUCACAUCAUCAAAGUAUCCAAAAAUAGCCAACUUUACAACUCAUAUUUUAAAUGGAAGGAGCGUUUUGGUGUUAAGUCUAUAACAAUGGGACUUUAUAGUACCAAUGUGUUUUGUAGACUUUGUAAAUUGAUACAUGAGCGGGAGAAUAAGACAAAAGUUUAUGAUUUGAAGAAAUGGUUAGAUCCAGGACAUCAAUGUGUCAC